AUGCGCCAGACCACCAUACCCCAGGCGGUGCGCAACCGACGCGCCGCCCUUGCCGCCGUGGCCAAGGAGACCAAGGCCGCCCUGCCCAGCGUCGUGCAGCAACUGCCGGGCCUGCAGCCCUACAUGUCUUCACAGCACACACUCGACGACCUGGGCCCCCUGGACCCGGCCCUGUGUCCGCGGUUCCCGCUCUCCUCCGGCUCCAACGGCGAUCCCCAAGCCUGCGGGACGACCGUCAAGGUUGUCAACGCGGACUCCUUCGAAGCAGCUCUGGAGAUGCCGGGCAAAGUGCCGGACCAAGAGCCCACGAACCCCCUGUUCCUCACCGCCACCCCUACCGGGACCACAGCACAUGAUGAUGACGGCAAGAAGAAGGAGGAUGUUGACGAUGAUGAUGAGACAGCACAGAAGACAACACAGCGUCGCCAGCGAAAUCACCGCGUCGUCGUGCUCAACCUUGCCUCCGACAAGAACCCAGGCGGCGGCUGGCUCAACGGCUCGUCGGCGCAGGAGGAGGCCCUCUGCUACCGCAGCUCGCUGUCGCUAUCGCUGCACCGGCGCUACUACCCAUGGGCGGCCCGCUCGGGCCUGUACACGCGCGACGUCGUCAUCAUCCGGCGCGCCCAGUCCCAGGGCCACGGCCUGCUCGUCCCCCGCACCCCGGCCGACCAGCUGCCCGUCGUCAGCGUCGUCAGCGUGGCGGGGAUCCGCCGCCCCGAGGUCGUCUCCGGCGCUGGCGGCAGCGGCCUGGAGGAGCGCUUCGCGCGCCCCCGCGACCGCGCCCUGACCAAGGACAAGAUGCGCCUCGUGUUGCGGAUCGCCGCCGCGCAGGGCCACGAGCUGCUCGUGCUAGGCGCCAUCGGCUGCGGCGCCUUCGGCAACCCGCCGCGCGAGGUGGCGCGCUGCUGGCUCGAGGUCCUCGAGGAGGCCGAGUUCCGCGGCGGGUGGUGGCGAGAGAUCUGGUUUGCCGUCUUCGACGCGCGUGGCGAGGGGAACGGCAGCGUCUUUGAGGAGGAGCUGGGCGGCAAGGUCGUAGGCAAAGUCGUGACUGGUCAGUGA